AUGUCCACUUCACGGCAGAAGCAAAAUGAACACCUGACACUAGUCACUGACUCCAUAGGUAGCCCCCCUGCCUGGUACUCGCGCACCGCGUUUCUAGUGACGGUUCGAGUCGCACAAUUCGUCUCAAGCAUCACGGCGGUAGGUCUGCUAGCUACCCUUUUUGACACCGGCUAUGGCCGCAGUUUUGAGCUCGCGGUUUCCGUCAUCUCGUCCGUGUAUCUGAUUGUAAUUGCUUCCGCACCACUGCCGCUCAAUAUAUACUCUCUGAUUGCGGUGUUUGUAUUCGAAACUGCCAUAUUUGCACUAUGGGUAGCGGCAAGUGCCACUCUUGGCGACGGCUACGGCAACUAUACCUGUACAUCCAAAGCACGACAAGGUGGCGGUGCUCCGUACUCCGGCUUUUGGUCAGAUUAUUACCGUUCCUUAUUUUUGAAACAGUGUAAGGUGGGCAAGGCGUCGAUAGCAAUUGCAGCGCUUUCGGCGUUCCUCUCACUUUGUGCAUUUGUUCUACUGUGCGUGAAUGUCUUGAUGCCCUUGAAAGCAGUUUCUGUUGGCCAAAUGAAUGCAGAGGAUAAUCGUGCACACCUGUCUCGUUUCACUGCUUUGGCCUUCAUAAAAAGUCCUCCCUUGGUUGGAGACAUCGAAAGAGCCUGUCCCGUGGAAGCUGAGGUCGCCGAACCCGUUGUUCUUGUGGACGCUCAGGACGCCGAACCGGUUCUUCCUGUGAACGCCUAG